ACCCCAGGCUCCCGGAGUGCGACCCGCCCACGCCCGCGCCCUCCUGUCGGCCUGCAGCACGCGGGGACGCAGCCGGCUCCGCUCGGGCUCAGCGAGGCACAGAAGCGGAUCCUGGACCUGGAGAAGAGCCUGCAGUUCCUACAGCAGCAGCACUCGGAGACGCUGGUCAAACUCCACGAGGAGAUCGAGCACCUUAAGCGGGAGAACAAGGAUCUCCACUACAAACUAAUCAUGAACGAGAAGCCUCAGAAAAAAGGCAGUCUCUCUACAUCCAGUCUUCAGUCCAACAAGUCUGCCUCCAACUCCACAGCAUCCGCCAACUCUCAAGGCAAGACCAGGCCCCAGCCCAGCUCCUUCAAGAAGCAAGAGCUGAAGUCUGACGCCCUCCAAAAGACAGAGCUGGAAGAGCAGUCACUCAGCAGUGCUGCCCUGUUCCACAGCAGCAAGCUGGACAGAGCCUCUGGGGUGCAGGGACAGGCCAAAGACGAGGAUGCAGAGGCUUCCGAUUCAGGGGCCACGUUGGUGGGGGGCAGCCAUGGCAGGCAAGGAACAGGGAUGGCCCCCGUACUGAGCCUGCCCCCGUGCCUGCGCAAGCCCACCACAAUGCAGCAGUGUGAGGUGGUCAUCCGUCAGCUGUGGAACGCCAACCUCCUGCAGGCUCAGGAGCUACAGCACCUCAAGUCACUCCUGGAAGGGAACCAAAGGCCCAAAGCUGCAGCUGAGGAGGCUGGGCUGGGCUCUCCAAAGGACCAGGAGUCCAUGCAGUUUCCCAAGGUCACCGCCAAAGGCCUCUCUAAGAAGUGCCUAAUUCUGAGCCCAGUGCCCGUGACGGAGCGUUCCAUCCUGCCUGCACUGAAACAAAGCCUGAAAACCAACUUUGCUGAGCGGCAGAAAAGGCUGCAAGUAGUGCAGAGCCGGCGGCUGCAUCGCUCCGUGCUGCUGAGCCGGCGCCCUGGGGGCCGGCCACCCUCUUUUGAUAGUGGUUCACAUCAGCCCUACUUUUCAGCCACACGAAAUUCCAAGACAGACAGAACCCAUGAUAGAUAAAGUACUUGCUCUCAGAAUUGAGGAAUCUGUCUAUUUUCUCUAUUAUUUUACUAUUCCUGCAUCCAUGCAAAAACACAUUACAAAAUGUUACUCUCCUACUACCCAUUGACUGAAAAUAAAAUUGUUUCUCCAA